AUGGAAGGCGGAUUCGUAAAAGCAGACAAUACAAAUUUACCGAGAGUGAGCGCCUUGAUGAUCGGUAAAUUCUUUGCAGCCAAUCCAGAUUUUUGUUCUGCUGAACUACGGAAUGUUAAGACAUUGAUAUCUGGAAGAGAGUCUUAUGGUGACGAUGCAAUAGGUUAUGUACAACUGAGGAGAGAGCAAAGUACUUGCAUUGUUAAAUGUACCGUUUGCCCAGAACACAGAGUGCGAUGUAAAGCUUAUGCAGCUACACUUGUAGUGAAUGAAGAGGAGGAAGUGGUGACAAGUGUGAAAUGCCACGACUGUCCUGCAUCCGAAGGUGGCUGUAAACAUGCAGUUGCAUUUUUAAUGUGGCUGCACCGACGAAGCGAAGAGCCUCCCUGCACGUCGAUAGAGUGCUACUGGAGGAAGUCCAAUCUCAGUAAAGUUGGAACAUCCAUCAAGAUAUUGACUGCGAGAGACAUGGCCAAAAGAAAACCCAAAGAAUUUGAAGAAGAACCUCAAUUAAUGAUCGAAUUUGUGGAAGAAUGCAAAAAAAGAAAAAUUAACACAUGCCAAAUUCUGAAACAUGAAACUGAAUAUCCUGGUGGUCUUGGCACAGUUCUAUCAAUGCACAGUUUAAUAAUUAAUCACUGCGAUGAAAAUUGUGAGACUUUUUUGAAGAAAAUCUCACAUCAUUUCAACAAGGAUAAUAUAAAAACUGCAGAAAGAGACACGCAAUCACAACACAACAGUGGCCUAUGGCACGAACUGCGAUAUGGACGAAUCACAGCUUCUAAGUGUUAUGAAGUUAGCCGUUGCAAAACUAUCGAUGGAGCUUUAGUUUCAGUAAUUCUUGGAGCAAGGACUCCAGAAACAACUGCUAUAAUUAGGGGCCGAAAAUUAGAAGCCCAAGUGCGGAAAACUGUACAACAGAUGUUAGGAAUUAAAAUAAAAACUUGUGGGUUAUACAUAUCCGAAAAAUUUCCGAUGAUAGCUGCCUCACCAGACGGUAUAAAUGAAAGGACCACUUUUGAAAUCAAGUGUCCCACAACCGAUAAAACUAGUGAAAAUUAUAUUAAUAAAAAAGGUGAAAUAACUGAAAAAUAUCGAGCCCAAGUGCAAAUACAAAUGUAUUGUGCUCAAGUAACUGAAUGUUACUUUUGUGUUGCAAGUUGUGAUUUUGAAAACAAUAAAAACGUAACACUUGUUAAGGUUAAUUAUGAUGAACAAUAUGUAAUAACUCUGUUAGACAGCGUUGUUUCGUUUUGGAAAAGUAAUAUUUUUCCAGUUCUGUACAAAACUGUCAUGAUUACGCAAUAAAAUUAUUAUUAAUUU